AUGUGGGCAAGCAACUAUUUGCCUUAUGGAAUUAUAGGGUUUUACCCUCAACAGCCCGAUAAGGGCAGAUAAAUCCUCCGCGGAAUCAUCUGCCCUUAUCGGGCUAUUGAGGGUCAAACCCUAUACUGCGAUUAUGCUAAGAGGAGAAGCACAACAGGUAAUGAAUGAUGGAAAGGUGUGGGAUGUAAUGAAGCCUAAUUAUAAUAUGAUGGGAGACCCAGAUAAAUUGCUACUAAAGUGGAGAAAUUGGUAUGCUCAGUUUUUUGAAGGAUGUGAAGAGGCAGAAAAAGAAAAGCUUAGUUGGUAA